AUGCUCAACCAAACUCAUUUAUUGUUUACAAUCGAAACAUUCCUGCCCUUCACUACGUUCAGAACAAAUCAUACCAAAAUCAAAGACAGACAUGCAAGAAUACGAUUAUCUGUUCAAGGCAUUGCUGGAAGGUAUGUUUUUCAGGUAUUGGUGAUAUCUAAACUUGCAAAUUUAGGAAAUUAUGGAGCAGGGAAAACCUCCUUUUUGAGAGCGUCUUUGCUUGACAUUCCACCAACCUCAUCGCAAGCUUUUACCACUAUUGGAAUUGAUUUUGGGUUGCGCAUGUUUGUUUUGGGAGAUUCUUGCAAAGUCAAACUUCAAAUGUGGGAUCAGUUUGGGCCUGGACGAUUUCGAUCUAUCACAGCAUCUUAUUAUAGAGGUGCCAGUGUCAUAUAUUGCCUCAUUGAUUUGACAGACCAGAAUCAGUGGUUGGAAUCAAAAAUUCGUUGCAUAUGUGAACAUGCACCAGAUGGAGCAGAGAUUAUUGUUAUUGGAACUAAAGCUGAUCUGCAUGACAAGAGGAAAAUGUUGAGGAGAGAUUUAGAAAAGCUCGCAUUCGAAACAUUCAAAGGUUCACUGUAUUUAGAAAUAACGAAUAUGAAAAUUGAGGAACCACAAACUGUCGUGCUGUACUCGGUGUUGUUUCGAUAUCUUUUGAGCGCAAACAAGAUGACCAGUGAAAAAAAAUGA